AUGGAGACGAAAGGACAUUUCAAAUGUGAUCAAUCUAUGAUUACUCCUGUCGCGAAGAGCAGCCCAAUACUAAGGCAGACAACUGCAUUUUACUCAAGGAAGCUGUACACAAUGUUUGAGGAAGAAUUUAUACACGGGUCCUGUGAUCUUCAAUUACAUGCCUCUACAAACAAUGAAAAUGAGUUUUUCAUUAAGAAUUGGGAUGAUCACAUGUUCAACACUACUUGGGUUCUUCAUUUCGACAGUUUGAGUUUGGAUAUAAAGUGCAGCUGCAGGAAGUUCGAAAUGAUGGGGCUACAAUGUUUACACUCUCUAAGAGUCCUAAAUUUUCUACAUAUUAAGAAGAUACCUGUUAAAUAUCUAUUAUUGAGAUGGUCUGAAAAUGCAAAAAGAAAUGUAUAUAACAGUUCUGGGUACAUGCAUCUGCAACAGUCAAAAUCCUCGCAUGAUAUUAAAGGCGACCUAAUUUUUCAAGCACACAUGCAGAAAGCAGCUUAUCAGUGCACCCAAAAAGCAAAGGGCAAUCCAGAAGCUGAGCAGCGCAUGAGGGAGUCAAUGAAAAAAGUGUCAUUGGAUAUUGAUGACAUAUUGAUUGGUAAAUAUUCUAGAGCUAGAAGCGAACAAAAGAAAAAUAAAAAGCCUGUCAACAAUGGAUCAAAUCUGAAUGAUCCUGCCAAAAUGCGCCUGAAAGGUUUCAAGAAAGAGCUGAAGAUUACAGAAACGGUUAAAUAUAGAAUAGCAGAAAUAAGAACUGAUUGCCUUGCAAUGAUCCAUAUGUAUCGUGGGGCUUCAUCUAUCCCAGCAUUUGGGAGCUCAUAUUCUUCUUUUGGUGCUUUUGGAGGAUUUGGGUCUACUUCCAGCCAGGCCAGUCCAUUUGGCGGCUCAUUUCAACAAACACAGCUAGCAUUUGGAAGCAACCUGUUUGGUUCUUCUUUACCAUUUGGUGCUUCAAGUCAACCUGCAUUUGGUGCAACCAGUACCCCAGCUGCCAUUAUCCCAGCAUUCGGUUCAACAAGCGCACCAACAUUUGGUGCAGCUUCUGCCCCCACGUUUGGUGCAUCAAGUACCCCGGCUUUUGGUGCUACCAACACUCUAGUUUUCGGUUCUAACACGGCGCCGGCAUUUGGUUCUACAUCAACCCCAUUAUUUGGUAAUACAGAAAUGGCAUUCGGGGCAUCUAACACCCCAUCAUUUGGUGCUCCAAGUAUUUCAUUGUUUAUUUCUGCAAGUACGCCAACAUUCGGUGGAUCAACUACUUCAGCUUUUGGUUCUUCCAGUUCUCCAGCUUUUGGUACAACAAGUACAUCUUCCUUCAGUUUUGGUUCUGCGCCGUUUUUUUUUAGCCAGUCAACACCCGCAUUUGGGAGCUCACCGUUUGGCUCAACGCCAUCGCCUUUCGGAACUCAAAGCUCUCCAUUUGGUGCUCAGACAUCAACACCUACAUUUGGAAGUCCUGGUUUUGGACAAUCAACUUUUGGGAGUCAAGCUGGAGGCAGUAGAAUAGCACCUUACACUGCAACGUAUGAGCCUAAUGCUACCGGUACACAACCUGCUGGAAAGCUAGAAUCAAUAUCUGCAAUGCCUAUUUACAAAGAUAAAAGCCACGAGGAAUUGAGAUGGGAGGAUUAUCAACGUGGUGAUAAAGGUGGUCCAAAUCCUGCUGGACAAUCAAGUGGAAUAAGUUUUUCGAUAUCAACACAAUCGAGCCCAUUCAGUCAAAUGAGUUUUUUUGGUCAUACAAAUCCAUUUGGUCAAAGUAGUGUUUUUCGUCAAACGAGCGCAUUUGGUCAGGCUGCUGCUAAUCCUUUCUCAUCCACCAUCUCUUCAAAUCCUUUUGCUCCUAAAACUCCAGCUUUUGGUUCUACUGGUUUUGGAUCAUCAUCAGCUUCGCUUUUCAGCUCACCAUUCUCUUCAUCCUCAACAAGCCCCUUUGGCUCAACAUCUUCCACCCCUUCACUAUUUGGGGCACCUUCAUCUAGAUUUUGCUCUAGCAGUUCAUCCUCUAUUUUUGGUAGUGGAAGUGCUUCGGUAUUCGGUUCGUCUCCUUCUAUUUUUGGCUCCUCAAUGGUGGGAUCCACUUCUUCCUUUGGAUCUAGUCUAACUUUUGGUCUAACUUUUGGCAACACUCAGUCUUCUGCGUUGUUUUCUUCAACUGCUUCUCUUGGUCAAACGCCUUCUCCCUUUGGGCAGUCUACUGGUUUCCAACAGAGCGCGCCAGCUUUUGGUUCAAGUCUAUUCAGCACACCAUCAACCGGCUUCGGUGGAAGCCUAUUUAGCAGUUCAACAACUUCAUUAAGCAAUCAUGCAGGAUUUAGUCAACCGACGCCCUCCUUUUCCACUCCUUUUCAACAGUCUGCUCCUGCACGACCAUCAAGUAACUUUUCUUUUGGUAACCUUGGGCAGGCACAAAUAGCUCCUUCUGGAGGGUUCGGUAGCUUCCCCAGCUCCUUUAAUCAGGGAACUUUUGGACCGAGCCCUGCUUUUCAGGCUAACAAUGUCAUGCAACCCACGUCCAUAACAAAUCCUUUUGGAAUGCUCCCUGUGAUGCCUCAGAUGUCUAUUGGUGGUCAUGAGAGCUCUUCUGCUCCAUCAGUUCAAUAUGGAAUUUCCAGCCUGCCUGUUUCUGACAAACAAGCUCCAGUAGGGUAUUCAUCAGUAGUGGCUUCUAGACAUGUAUCACAGAGAAGAAUCCGGUUGCCAGCCAGGAGAUAUCAGCGUAAAGGCAAUAGUGAAAGGGUACCAUUCUUCAAUGAUGAUGAAGUGGCUCCAACGACUCCAAAUGCAGACGCACUAAUUAUCCCAGGGGAGAAUCCAGGGGCACUAUUUGUUCGUCCAAUUGAACAAUGGCCUUCUACAAAUGAUGUUAAUAAACAAUCAGUGUCAAAAAAUAUCGUUGGUUCAUCUAGCGACAAUGGUAAAAUUCAUGCAGCGCCAUCUGCUCCCACUGUUGAUGAAUCUUAUACAGCUGAUCUUCAUGAAAGCCCAGCUGAGAGCGGCCAUGCAGAACAAACUCCAUCCAAACCCCCUCAACACCCAAGUGGCCUUAAAGACAACCAUGCCAACAGAACCAAAGGCUCCCACUUGUCAAUUUCUAGCCGUCGAGCCAGCGAGGCCGCCAUUUCUUAUGAACACGGCGCAGAAAUCGAAGCUCUAAUGCCAAAACUCUCCCUUGACAACUACUUCUGCGAACCAAGCAUCCCCGAACUCGCCGCCAAAGAACGUGCCGAGCGGUAUGCUGCGCCCGGUUUCUGUCGCCGCGUGAAGGAUUUCGUCGUCGGCCACAAAGCCUACGGCAGCAUAAAAUUCCUCGGCGAAACUGAUGUGAGGAGGCUCGAUCUCGAGUCCAUUGUUCAGUUCAACCAUCGUGAGGUCGUCGUGUACAGCGACGAGAGCAAAAAGCCGUCCGUCGGUCAAGGGCUAAACAAACCGGCUGAAGUGACUCUUCUUGACAUCAAAUGCUACAACAAGAAAACUGGGCAGAGAUAUACUGGAGGCCCGAAGGUUGAGAGAUAUAUAGAGAUGUUGAAGAAGAAGACUGAGGAACAAGGAGCUGAGUUCAUGUCAUUUGAUGCAGGUAAAGAAGAAUGGAGGUUCAGAGUGAAGCAUUUCAGCAGAUACGACUUUUUUGGUGAGGAAGAUGAUGAUGAUGAUGAGUUGGGCUGUUGAUUUUUAUGAUGUUGAUGAUGAUUUUGUGGUUUCCAGCUUUGUUGAUGCUAGUUAGUUUUCGUAGUUGAUAAAGAUUUAGAAAGAGA